GUUUCACUUCGGAAGUUUGGAGGGGUCCGGUCGCUCGCUCGCCCGCUCGCCUGCUCGUCCACCCGCUCGCCCACCCGCCCCGAGCCUUCCCCGGGGGCUGCAGCCCACGCCCCAGAAUCAACCAGGAAGCUUCGAAUUUCUCAGGAGCUCACUGGCCUGAAGAACCCGGAAGGAAAUGAUUUACUGAAGUGUUGUUCAGCUGACAGCCCCAAUGCUCCCUACCCUUCUGGGUUUGUGGACACCGGAGUCGUCACAGGCAGAGACCGUUUUUUCAGGAUCCACGAGAGGAGCAGAAAGAUGACUGGCUUUCCUGAUCUGAACCUCUGGCGUUCACGGGCGGUCUCCAUCUGGAGCCGGGAGAGCCUUGGCGUCGGGGACAAGCCCAAUGAGAGCUAUUGCUAUAGCACGGCCCGGGAAAGCACGGUGCUCCAGGGAGUGACCUUCGGUGGAAUUCCCACUGUCCUGCUCAUCGACGUCUGCUGCUUCUUGAUUUUAAUAUUCGUGUUUACCGUCAUUCGGAAGAGAUUCUGGGAUUAUGGCCGAAUUGCCCUUGUUUCAGAAGCGGAGAGUGAGUCCAGUUAUCAACGAUUGUCUUCCUCCUCCUCCUCCUCACAUCUAGACUUUGAAAGUGACUGGGGGUGGUGUUCAUGGCUAACUGCUGUCUUCCGAAUGCAGGAUGAGGAGAUCCAGGAGCGGUGUGGAGAUGAUGCCAUUCACUACCUGGCCUUCCAGCGCCACAUCAUCUUCCUGCUGGUGGUGAUCAAUGUCCUGUCGUUGUGUGUCAUCCUGCCCGUCAACCUGUCUGGGGACUUAUUGGAUAAAGAUCCUUACAAUUUUGGGAGAACAACGAUAGCGAAUUUGCAGACUGGCAAUGACCUUCUGUGGCUGCACACCAUCUUUGCGGUGGUUUAUCUCAUCCUCACGGUCCUCUUCAUGAAGCACCACAUGCAGUCCAUCAAGUACAAAGAGGAAAGCCUGGUGAGGCGCACCCUGUUCAUAACGGGGCUCCCCAGAGAUGUCCAGAAAGAGGCGGUCGAGAACCACUUCAGGGAUGCCUACCCGACCUGCAGGGUAGUGGAGGUCCAGCUGUGCUACAGCGUGGCCAGGCUGAUUUACCUGUCCAAGGAGAGGAAGAAAGCCGAGAAAAGCCUGACCUACUUCACAAAUCUGCAGAAUAAAACCGGUCGGCACACCCUGAUCAACCCGAAGCCCUGUGGUCAGUUCUGCUGCUGUGAAGUUCAGGGAUGUGAACGGGAGGAUGCCGUUUCCUACUACAGCAGGAUGAAGGAUGACCUCAUGGAAAAGUUCUUGCAGGAGGAACAGGCUGUUCAGAACCAUCCCUUGGGAAUGGCCUUCGUCACCUUUCAGGACAAAUUGAUGGCCAAAUACAUCCUUAAAGACUUCAACGCCUGCAAGUGUCAAGGCUGCCUGUGCCAAGGAGAGCCUCAGCCAUCCUCCUAUAGCAAAGACCUCCACAUCUCCAGCUGGAAUGUCAACUUUGCCACCUACCCAGAGGAUAUCUGCUGGAAGAACCUCUCCAUCCAGGGCCCUCGCUGGUGGCUCCAGUGCUUGGGCAUCAACUUCCUUCUCUUCGUGGUGCUCUUCUUCCUGACCACACCCUCCAUCAUUAUCUCCACCAUGGACAAGUUCAACGUCACCAAGCCCAUCCGCUACCUGAACGAUCCGAUAAUCAGCCAGUUCUUCCCAACGCUCCUCCUGUGGGCCUUCUCAGCGCUGCUGCCAACCAUUGUCUAUUACUCCACCCUGCUGGAGUGCCACUGGAGCAAAUCGGGAGAAAACCGGAUCAUGAUGACCAAAGUCUACAUUUUCUUGAUCUUUAUGGUGCUGAUUUUACCUUCCCUUGGUUUGACCAGUUUGGACUUUUUCUUCCGCUGGCUGUUUGACAGAGCCUCAGCCGAGCCGUCGGUUAGGCUGGAGUGUGUCUUCCUGCCCGACCAGGGGGCCUUCUUCGUGAACUAUGUCAUUGCCUCUGCCUUUAUCGGCAAUGCCAUGGAGCUCCUUCGCCUGCCCGGUCUCAUCCUCUACACCAUCCGCAUGGUCACAGCCAAGACCGCUGCGGAUCAGAGGAACCUCAAACAGCACCAGGCAUUUGAGUACGAGUUUGGGGUGAUGUAUGCCUGGAUGCUGUGUGUGUUCUCCGUCAUCAUGGCCUACAGCAUCACCUGCCCCAUCAUCGUACCCUUUGGUCUCAUCUAUAUCCUGCUCAAACACAUGGUGGAUCGCCACAACCUAUACUUUGCCUACCUCCCCACCAAGCUGGAGAAGAAGAUUCACUUCGCAGCGGUGAACCAGGCCCUAGCAGCCCCCAUCCUCUGCCUCUUCUGGUUGUACUUCUUCUCCUUCCUCCGACUAGGCUUCAAAGCUCCCACGUCCCUCUUCACGUUUCUCGUUGUGCUCCUCACCAUCCUCAUUUGCGUAGCCUACACCUGUUUCAGCUGCUUCAAGCAUCUGAGCCCUUUGAAUUACAAGAUAGAUGACUCAGCAAGCGACCGAGGAAAUGAAACAGAAGCAUCAACAGCUCCACAAUCAGCUAUGUACGUCCCCCGAGUCCUGUUCACUUCAGAGAAGAGCACCCUGGCCCCUCAGGAGCAGCUGACCUACGGCGCCAUCAGCGAGCCCCCGGCCAGCCGGGCCAGUCCCACGAGGCCUGGAGACUUUGGGCCGACCUUCCAGAAAGCCUAAAAGGGAUCCGAGCUUCCCAGGCUGGCCACAAGGUGGAGAAGUGGGUCUGGCCGGGGACAAGAAAGUGGCCUCGGAGCCCCAGAAGCUCGGGGUCCUGGGUUCUGGGCCGGGCCCUUUCAAGUUUCCUACCCUGCUCAGCCCUGCUCUGCUCUGCCCUGCUAAGGGAAGGCGCAGCAGUAACAGGGUCCGAGGCUGAGACUUGACUGUCUCCAUAUCCCCCUUCUUCCUCCUGAGCUGGACGGAGGGCUGGCUGGUGGUGGGCUUUCCCCGGGGGAUGGAGGGCAGACACCCAAAAAGCUUCCACCCCUUGCCCCCACACCACCCCUUCAGGGCCAGCUGGGAUGAUGCCUCCUGGCUUUUAACCAGACCCAUAUUUAUUUUGUCGUCUGCCUGGGUGGGAUUGCCAGGGCCGUAGCCUGUGCCAGAAGUGGAGGAAUCGUUGGGUGAGAGUAGAGCUGUCCGAAUGCCUUCCUUAUGGGCAGCUUCGCUCCCCCUUCCUAUCCUUCCCCCGCCCACGCAUCCCCACCCAACCCGUUUUGUGGCCAAGGCCCCUCUGGACCAGUGAGGGAAACGAGACUCUUCUUCCCCCAUUUCCGGCGAGGGCUGCCCAGCCAACUCAGGACCAGCCCGGCCCGGGCCAUCACUAGUGAAGAGUGGAAAUGUUUUCUGCACUCUCCUUUUCUUUUUAAAUUCUUGGAUUACACCAAAGACUGCACCUGUGUCUGCCAGCUUCCAGCCUAGCCGGUACGUGGGCGGCAGGGGUCGGGGGGGGGGCUUACUGAUGCUAGACAUGUGUGGGUUCAGUCUGCCAAAAGCCUGUAUUUUUGCUAAAAGGGAAUUGGGCAUUAAUGCUAAUGAGUGUCACUUAAUAAAGUACGUACAUGUGAGAGAUUG